AUGCUUCCCGACCAGCGGAUCGUAAUGAGCGUGCGUCCCGAACUCUGUCAAGCGUGCCUCGGCAUCGAUUCGCAAAAUGAUGACAGCAUGAAUGGGAUGAAUGGGAGGCAUGACGUUAACGGUCAUGGGUCAGAAACGGAGACCGAAGCUGAAACGGAGACAUCAGGGAACGAGCCCUAUGGCUACUGA